GAUAUAGACAGUUCUGAGAUCCACAAGAAGAACUGCGUGUGGCUCAUGGUGACCCAUGAGACGUGCACCAAAGACGACGUGAUGGCAGCACUAGAGAAGGCCACCGGUGACGCUGUGCUCAAGUUUGAACCAUUUGUUCUUCACGUGCUGUGUCAAGAGCUGCAAGAUGCACAGCUUCUGCAUUCAGUGGCUAUCGAGGCUGGGUUCAGGAACUCUGGAAUUACCGUUGGCAGAGGAGGAAAAGUUAUGAUGGCUGUCCGGAGCACUCACUGCUUAGAAGUUCCAUUGAGCCACCAGGGGAAACUGAUGGUCUCCGAAGAAUAUAUUGAAUUUCUGAUACAUGUGGCUAAUCAGAAAAUGGAGGAAAAUGCAAGGAGGAUUGACAGAUUCUACAGCUGCUUGGAGCAAGCUCUGAAAGCUGCCGUGAGUGCAAAGAUCUCACCUCCUGAGGAGAGGGAGAAGAGUCGCUCUGUGUACGUGCGCAGAAGAAAGAGAAAGACCGUUAAGGAACAAGGUGUACGCACCUCUCCAGAGGAUCAUGGUGAAGAACUGGGGCCUGAGGAUGAUACAGAAAGCACCCUCGGUAUUUUCGCUGGAAUCAUGAUAUAG